AUGACAAGAACAUCUACUUCGUUAUAUGCCACCUCCAAAUUACGGCUACCUCCGUGGCUCCCUGAUUUUGACUACGAUUCUGCCGUCAAACAUCGGUCGAUACGUAUAGAAAAUGAAAUCGGGAUCGGCGAUGUUGGUCGUUACCGUCAACAAUCGGGAUGUGUAUCUUCGAAUAUCCAUUUUUCCCACAAAGCUGCUUUCAACAGCAUACGGUCGAAAUGGAAAUGCGAAAUUGUUAUGCUGGUGACAUUUUCAGCGCUAAAAAAGGAAAGCAAGUUGAAAGCUGUAAGUCCUAUGACAAAUCAAAUCGAUGCCAUUUUUGUGCGAGACAAUACGGAGGAAAAUGCGGCAAUCUGCGUGGAAACUGUUGGUCACUACGCACAGGCGAAGAUCGCCGUGACCGGAACCGUUCGGAAGGAGACGAUGUGA